AGUCAACCAGACACAUUCUAAGCCAUGGUGUACGAAAGAAAAUCAGUCAAUGUUGAAAGGAUUCUUCGCAUUGGUGUUUUGGGAGCAAAGAAAGUCGGGAAAACAUGCUUAAUUACCCGUUUAUUAAAGAGAGGAUAUCCUGACAAAUAUAGUCCUACAAUCGAAACAUUGUUCCGUUACGACAUCCAAACCUCUGAAAACAAAUUCACUAAACUGGAGAUUUUGGAUACGGCGGGUAACUUCGAGUUUCCAGAUAUGUUAAGAAAAGCUGUCAGAUCUUGCCAUGCUUUUGUAUUGAUGUUUGACCUGAGCGACGCGAAGCGGACAUUUCGAGAGGUGGAAACAUUGAGGCAACUCAUUUUGGAUGAGAGAAGUGGAGAAUCUGUUCCUAUCAUUGUCAUCGGUAACAAGUCCGACCUGAUCAUCAAAGAAGACAAUGUUGAAAAUAAGGUUCUUGAUGCCAUUGUAUCAAUAGACUGGGACUGUACCUAUCUUACAACAUCCGCAAAAUGUGACACCAAUAUUUCGGACGUUUAUAAGGCUGUUUGCAAAGAACUUGAUAUUAAGUCUUUACAAGAUAUAGAUGUGGUUCAGCGCAUUAAAGAUGCUACUCAAAAGAUUGACAAAAUCAAACGUAUUUCUUUACUGAAAAGAGGAUUUUCUGUAAAAUCAUUUUAG